AUGGGCAUCAACCAGUCUAACCCGACGUGCGCGGCCAACUCGUGUCUCAGCCAGGUUAUUGGGACAGCAGGCGGAGAAAAUUUGAGCAAUGGGUUUGCGCAGUAUUUGAACUGCGUCCAGACUUACGGAUCAGCUCAACACGAAACUCAAACUCUACCGCCCCUUGCCACUUAUCACUCGACCUACUAUGUCACCGUCUCAACUACAGAUGUCGUGGUCGAGGACAGCACGAGCGUCGCAACCAUCUACACGACAACGACAUCUCAUGACCAGACUAUUACGACAACCACAGCCACCACCACCACCAAUGUCGGCACAGUUUUCACCACUACCACCACAACCGCCGCGCCCAUGAUGGGAGCCAAGAAGCAUAGGAAGAAACGCGGUGCCUGUAAAGCGACAUCCACCGCUUCUUCUGCUGCCCCGUCUUCCGUCGUAUCAUCUGCUGUUUCGUCUUCGGCCGUAUCUUCCGCCGCGUCGUCUUCCGCCAAAUCAUCUGCAGCCUCGUCGUCUGCCGUGUCAUCUGCCACCUCGUCUGCCGCCUCGUCUGCCGCCCCGGCGUCUUCCAUCGCCUCCUCGUCAGCCCCCGCCAGCUCAGCCACGUCAGUCGAGCCCACUGGCCCCGUGGCCGCGGCAACGAAGUGCCCCAGCGUCGAGGCCUACUCGUCGGCAUGCUCGUGCAUCUACGCCGCGAGCGACGCGACGCAGACCUUCACUUCGCAGCAACCUGACGUGACAAUCUGGGCCACCGAGACCGUCACCGUCGGCGUCCCGUCCGUCUCGACGAACCUGGUAGCCAACACGGACACGGUCACGGUUGUGGUGCCCGCCACCACCACUAGCACGUCGACCGUCAACACCGACGCAAAGACCACGACGACAGCCACGACGACGACGACGACGACGCAGCCGGGCGCCGCCGUGACGCAGUACCUGGUCAUUAACAGCGGGCCGCACUCGGGCCGCUACCUGAUCAACGUGGGCGGCAAGCUGAAGGUGAACCUGGCCAGCACGAGCUCGACCGGCGCGCAGGCUCUCGUGAUACCGGCCGAGGGCGCGCCGGCCGCGCAGCUCAUGGUGCCCGGCACCACCCCGCAGAUACGGCUGUACGCGUAUGGCGGCGACAUCAUCAGCGAUCUGUACCUCGAGACCAACGCCAUGGUGGCGACGAACGGCCACUUCAUCGGCACAUGCAAGACCAACAAUGGUGGCAUCGUGACGUGCGCCUCCACGGCGGCCGGUCACAGCAAUGUCUAUGACUGCGGCAGCAUCGGCUUGUACUUUGCCGUCACCAACCCGGCCCCGUCGAGCUGCGUCCCCGCAACGUUCAAGAUCGUGUCAGUAUGA